AUGCACCGCGUGGGCGAAAUAUUGGAAUUCACAAACGUUAGCCAAUGGAACUGGGUUCCAACCAACCUUAACCCUGCAGAUCGUGCUACUAAAACAAACAACGCCAAUAAAUAUAAAACUUGGCUACACGGUCCAGACUAUUUGCUGCAGGAUCAACACGAGUGGCCAAAAUGCGAUGAUUUGGGGCCACCAAACAAUGCUGAAGUCAGGCAUAACAUACUCUUCAUCGACAAUUCGCCGAUGGAGCUAAAACUUAACGCGGAAUAUUUUUCCGACUGGCGCAGGCUAUAUCCAGCUUUAGCGCGCUUUAUUCUCUACAUUGAGAAACUGAAAGCGAAACAAAAAAAGGCAUCGCCACCUACAGAGGUGUCUUACGAGAUGAUUCAGCAGGCACGCACACUCCUACUGCGGAGAAAUUCGCAACUUAAGGCGCAACUUAAAGAGAGCUCCUACGUACCCGAGGGCGAGCAGAAAACCUAA